UUCCUUUGGAGAAAUUCAGAAAAACUGCCUAUCCGCUUUCUCUGCUUGUUGAUGCUUAACUGUACUGGCAAUUUAAGCACAGGUUUUGGCCUGCUCUGGAUUGCCAAAAGACUAAAUGGCUUGUAUGUUUUUCCCAGCAGAAUACUCACAAGGACCUAUCCCAACUUUGUGGAAUGAUCCACCAGAGCUGCAGUCAGGUGGAGGUCCUUUAGAAACCACCCCUCCUGCCCGCGUCUCAGAGUCUACAGGAUUCCCAUCAUAUACAUCUGAUUAUGAACUAGAGGACACAACCCAUCUCCACCAUCUGGAUAAUGACAAUGGGUCUCUGGGUCCCGGGGCUAUCGGUGCCAUAGUGAUUGCUGCUCUGCUGGGCACGUCUGUGAUUGUGGCCUUGAUUGUUAUCACUCUACGAAAAUGUUCUGCUUCCUAA